AUGAAAAAACAUAAAAGUAAUUUAAAAGUACAAGAUUUAGAAAAAUCAUUAAGAAGAAAAGGAAAAAUUAAAACAAUCUACGAAAAACAUAAUGAUUUAGAAUUUAUUAGCAUAAUUGAUAAAAAAAUAAACUAUAUCUGGAAUUAUAUUAAUAAUAUUGAUGAUAUAGUAAGUGAUAAUGAAUUUUUAGAAGAAGAAUUAAAAGAAAAGAUAGAGAAAAAGAAGAGUGUUAAGCAAAUAGAUGAUUUUGAUGAAAUAUGUUAUUACAAUAAAAAUCUCAGUAAUCAUAUCAAUAUACAAAAAAUAAGGAAAGCUUUAUAUCAUUUUAAUAUUAAAGUAAAUAUAGAAGACAUUAUAAAAAUGUUUUUAUAUUAUACCAACAAUGAUUAUUUUAAAAAAAUAAUGAGAAAUGAUAUAUAUUCGAAUGAUUAUGUUGAAAAAAAGAAGGAGGAAAAAGCAUUUGAUUCAUUAAAUAUAAAUGAUUUAUAUAUAAAUUAUGAAAUGUUUAAAUAUAUUUUUUUACAUAUUGAUUUAAAUAUUGAAAAUAAUGGUCAAAUUUGGUAA